CCCGGUAAAACCACUAAAGUCUUGUUCCGUUCAUUUUAAUACUCGUAAUAAGUUCUAAGUUUGAUUAUUGCAGUUUAUUUUACAUUUAUGCCUAAAAUAAGUUCUAGUAAUAAGAUUGGAUAAAUUUAGAUAAUUUCAAAUAAGUUUAGAUAUUAGAUAGGAUACAUUAAUUCAGAAAAGUAAGAGUUAGAUGAUUAGAAUACAUCAUAACAUAAACUACUAUGGAUAUUUACUUAGUUAGAGAUACUGCCCCCUCUCUUCCCCUUUCCUUUUUUUUAAAUUUUUUUUUUUUUUUUUUUUUUUAAGUAUCCCAAUUUGACCUCUCAUAUCUGUAUAACAUCAUAUUGUUAGUUCAACUUGUAAUCUCUUGCAAACUUUGAGAAUUAUGGAUACUCAAGACUCUUUUCAUGAAGCUUCCAUUGUCAGUCAAGAUGGCUCCCUAAGAGUCCUUAGAGUACCCGUGGUACAAGAACUUUCACGCCAUGGUGUCCAAGAUGUACCAAAAAUGUUCCUUAGGCCACCCUCGGACACUCUAAGCACCGCGAUCUCUUGUUUGCCGGAGAAUUUUCCAUCCAUAAGUAUGGCUAAAUUACGCGCCAGUGAGGUGGAGGAGAGAAAAAAUGAGCAACAAAAGUUGGCCGACGGUCUUAGAGAAUAUGGCAUGGUAUUGGUUAGGGAACAUGGUAUACCAUUUUCUUUAUUGUCUGCUGCUAAGGAAGUAAUAAAGGGGUUUUUUAAGCUUUCAUUUGAGGAAAAGAAAAGGUCCGUUGGAACAUAUGCUUCAGUAGAUAAUAUGGGUUAUGGUAGGAAUUUUGUUAAGUCAGAUGAUAAACCUCUUGAUUGGAUUGAUCGUUUGACUAUGAAGGUAGCUCCUAAAGAAUCAACUCAAGGGCUUAAUGUUUGGCCUCAAAAACCUGCUAAUUUCAGGGAAGUUAUUGAAAGGUAUGCAGAGGAGGCAAGAAAACUGAGUGAUGAAAUACUCCAAGCACUAGCUGAAGCAUUAUCUCUUGAGAAAAUUGCCUUUGUUAAAUAUUUAGACCCAAAAACAAGAGAGAUUAAUGUAAGAAUCAACUAUUACCCACCUUGUCCAAAGCCCAAUUCAACAAUAGGCUUAAGCCCACAUACAGAUGGUAGUGUCCUUACUCUUCUGAUGCAAUUUGAUACUUCUGGUGGUCUCCAAGUUAUGCACAAAGAUAAGAAAAUUUGGUUAAGUGUUCCAUGGCCUACUGAUGCAUUACUAGUCAAUGCUGGUGAUUUUCUUGAGAUAAUGAGCAAUGGAAAAGUCCAAAGUUCUUGGCAUAGGGCUGUCACACAAGCUGAUUCAGAACGAUACUCUUUGGCAUUGUUCUGUAAUCCACCACUGUCAAAGGAAAUCGAGCCUGUUAAGAGUGAUGAUUCGAGUGACUACGAGUAUAAAAAGGUAGUUGUGAGUGAUUAUCUACAGCAUUUUUAUAAGGUAAGUCCAACAUUGUCUAAAGUAGCUAUCCAAUAUGCAAUGGUCUAAUGUGAUCCAUGUGUGUAAGCCCAUUGAAAGUGAUGAGCAGAUGAUGUGAGAUUUACUGGUCAACUCAAACAGCUGAUGUAUAUCUCAGUAAUGUUUGUAUUACUCUCUUUGAUAAUUAGCAGCUAUGUACCCUUGGAAUAUACUCUGACCUAAUUACUAAUCAAUCUAUACCAUGUUUAUUGCAGAAGUUCAGUCUGUAAAUCGUGAUAAUCUUGUCGUGUUAUGAAUACUUUCAUGCUUAACUAAUACUACAAAAUUUCACUUUAAGUAUCUGUAACUUUCCAAUCAUUAUAUUGAAAUUGGUAUGUAGCUAUAACUUACAUUCAAGCUAUCAAAAUCCUAGUCUACGAUAAGCUUCAAAUUUGCAUAGAUCAGGUAUCAGCUGAAAACAUGAAUAUUAACCUGUAGU